AUGUUUAAUCUUUCGUGCAAUGCUAUGAACAGGAAGAUCUUUAAGGCGGAAAUCGAUUUCCCGCCAUGGUUUUCCCAAGAAUCGAAGGAAAUGAUCUCAAUGUUGCUCGUGGCUGAUCCUGAACAACGGAUCACAAUGUCAGAGAUCAAACGUAUCCCAUGGUUCCGGAAGAAUUUUACGCCGCCGGUAGCUUUUUCAAUCGACGAGACGAUCGCUUCUCCGCCGGAGCCACCAGCAAAGAAGAAGAAGAAAGGCAAAAACACGGCGGAAGAAGACGACGGAGUUUCUCCGAGAUCGUUCAACGCAUUCCAAUUAAUCUCAUCAAUGUCUUCAGGUUUCGAUCUCUCAAGCCUAUUCGAGAUAAAACGGAAACCGAAAAGGAUGUUCACGUCAAAGCUACCGGCGAUAUCAGUGAAAGAGAGGUUAGAGACGGCGGCGCGUGAGAUGAACAUGAGGGUAAAACACGUGAAAGACUGUAAGAUGAAGCUUCAGAAGAGAACGGAAGGGAGGAAAGGGAGGCUUUCGGUGACGGCGGAGGUAUUCGAAGUCGCUCCUGAAGUCUCCGUCGUCGAGUUCUGCAAAUCGUCCGGCGAUACUUUG